AUGUCCGGGUUCUGGAACGUGCCGGGCGGGAUGCAGGUCCCUGACGGGGGCGCAGCCCAAGAGCCGCGCACCCCCCGCGUUUCAUUCGACGACCUGCCCCCCGGCUGGUCGCCGAGGCCGUUGCGGCGCGCCUCGGUGUCCCUGGACGGCUCGCCCGUCUUCUGCGGCACGCCGCGGUCGUCCUUCCGCCGCGGGCUGAGAUCCCCGCGAGUGGACGCCAGCCCGCGCCUGGCGCCCUCGCCGCGCAUCGACAGGGACCAGCCCCGGCCGGCGGAGGGGGACCUCCCCGUGGCGGAGGAGGCCGAUCGGCUGGUGAGCAUCCCGCUGCACCGCAUCGCAGAGGUGCCACGGGCGCCCACGGACGCCGAGGGCCAGAUCCUGCUGAGGACCACCUCGGCGCCUGCGCGGGCGUUCGCCCCGCCGAGGUACAGGUCGGAGUCGCUGGAAGGGAACAUUAUCCCGGCGCGGCCAAUGUCGCCCGUGGGUGAGGCGCCCAAGCCGCUGGAGGCGUUUUCGGACUUGUUCGAGGUGCACGGGGAGCUGGGGGCGGGCACUUACGGCCGCGUGUUCAAGGCCACGGAGCGGGCCAGCGGGCGGCAGGUGGCGGUGAAGACGAUCGACAUGGCGGGGGAGGCGUGCAACCCGCGACGGGUGCAGCUGGAGGUGGCGAUGCUGAAGCGGCUGGCGGACAACAAGCUGGUGGCGCGGUUCCACGGCGCGAUGGAGGAGGGCCGCGACCUGCACAUCGUCAUGGAGCUCUGCAGUGGUGGCGACCUGCGGGACUUCGUUGCGGAGAACGGCCCUCUCAGCGAGUCUCAGGCUGCCAUGGUGAUGUACCAAGUGUUGCUUGUUAUCCGCGAGCUGCAUGAGGCGAACAUCGUGCAUGGCGACGUGAAGGCGGCCAACUUUGUGAUCGCCAACAAACUCAGCCACCAGCUUUUUAAGAAGGGGAUGGGCUUCCUACCACGGGGAUGGCUAAAGGCCGUGGACUUUGGCUGCAGCCAGCACACAGGCAAGGGAAGAAUCCAGCAUAAGAUCGGCACACCUACCCACUGGGCUCCUGAGGUGUUUGGCCAGACGUACCACCUGGAGGCGGAUCUCUGGAGCACUGGAGUGAUGGUCUUCGAGCUGCUGGCUGGUCGUCUGCCGUUCUGUACCAACAAGGAGCACCAGAGGAUGCGCACCGAGCGGGACAUCCUGAAAGCCCUGAUGUUCAAGGAGCCUGACUUCGGCUGCGAUGAGCUGAAAGGACUCAGCCCGGAGUGCCUUGACUUCAUGAAGCGCCUGCUGACUAAGAACCAUGACAGCAGGAUGACUGUGCAUCAGGCUCUGGACCACAAAUGGAUGAGGGACCACUCUCGCGCACACAAGGGCGCCAGGAAAGAAGUGGUUGAGAGCCUGUUGAGGCGACGAAGCUGGAGUGUGUCCGCUGCCUGCUGA